AUGGAAAAAGUGCAAGUAGAUUGCUAUUUAAAUAAUCUGAAUCGAUUAAUUUUUUUAAUAUUUCUUUAUAAAAAUGAAUUAUUGUACUCACAAUAUAUUUUUUUCAAGAUUUUAAAAAUUUUAAAAAAAUAUAUAAAUAUUAUUUUUCCUCAAAGAAAAAUUAUCCCAGCUUUAAAUUGGAACAAGAUUUUUCGUUCCAAUUUAAAGUGGAGAGAGUAA